AUGUCUGAUCAUCUGAGUUCAUGUACGGACCGUCUUGUAACAUCUGAUCACCUUAAUUCAGACAGAGGAGGAUCCAUUGAAUCUUGUGGAGAAAGUUCAAGAGCUCAAGCCACCACAAGCCUUUCUUCUUCUACUACUAAUAAUAAUAAAUCUAUUGAUGAUAAAACUGUUAAAGUAGAAGAAUGUGAUGACGUGGCUGAUGAAGAGGAGGAACCGCUUAUUCAAUCGGUUGAAUGCCGUAUUUGUCAAGAUGAGGAUUCUGUUAAGAAUCUCGAAUCUCCAUGUUCUUGUAGCGGCAGUUUGAAGUAUGCUCAUAGGAAGUGUGUUCAGCGUUGGUGUAAUGAGAAAGGCGACACUAUCUGUGAAAUAUGUCACAAGUGUUAUCAACCUGGUUACACUGCUCCACCGCCUCCUCCUGCUGAUGAUACUGUAAUCGAUAUCGGUGAAGAUUGGGCUAAUGGUGUUCCUUUAGACUUCAACGACCCGCGCAUUUUUGCGAUGGCGGCUGCAGAACGCCGUUUCUUUGAUCCGGACUAUGAUGAAUAUGCUGAUUCUAACUCUAGUGGAGCUGCUUUUCUUCGCUCCGCUGCUCUUAUCUUAAUGGCGCUUUUAUUGCUACGACACGCAAUGAACCUUUCAAACAACAACUCAGACGAUGAAGAAGAUGAUCCAUCAGCUUUCUUCUUUCUUUUUAUGCUUCGUGCUGCUGCUUUUCUCCUCCCAUGUUACAUCAUGGCUUGGGCCAUCAGUAUAUUACAACGCCGAAGACAAAGACAGGAAGCAGCAGCUCUGGCAGCUGCAGAAGUUGCGUUUAUGCUACACAACGGGGCUGGAAGUGGAGGACAACGCAGAGGAGGAUUGCACUUUGCUGUAGCUCCUGAGCUGAUUUCGAAUCCACAACACCAACCUGAAGCUUCUUCACCACAAUGAUUUAUAAUAUCACCUGAGCACCGGUCAGAGAAACCAAAAUAUCCUCAUCAUCAUCCACGACUUUGAUCUCUCUCUUUCUCAACUUUUUUCGCUGUCUGUUGUAAUAGCUGUUUUGUUGUUUAUGGGUAUUAUUCUGAGGAAACCACGAAACUGAGUAAAACCAAACACGGGAAGUUUCUCUGCCUAUGUUAUUACAGACUGAAAAUAAAGCUUGUGCAUACACGUACAUUUAAGAAUUUACCAACGAUCUUUAAUGUAUAUAAUAUAUAAACCCUGAUUGUUUGGGUGUCUUGAUAAUCAGUUGCAAAGAAUUAAAAAUUCUGCGACGGUAACAGUAGCAAGUUCAAAGUUGCAUGACCUUCCGACAACAAAACAAACAUGUCGCAGUGACAUGUAAACGAACAGUACCAUAGUCUCUAUAUAUUGCUAUUUGCAUCACAAUGACCGGAGCUAGACUCUGUUGUGUUCUUUUUUUAGCUUAU